AAGGCUCUCGAAAAUUCCAUCGCGAAACACCGACAACGAGGAUGGGUCAUGGUCAUCGUGUCAGCCUGCCGGGCCAGGAGCGAGAAUGAAGAGUAGUUUCUCCAGCUCAUUUCUUUCUUAGCAUGUCAUGUUCUUGUGCGAAGUAACAAUUUAUGGUCAAUGAACUCGACGAUCACUACUUUUGGUAUGUCGCGCGCCGGCGGGGAGCUGUUUGGAGCUGUCUAGAAUUUGUACACAUGAGGCUAUACACAAACAACCUAGCACUACUGAUCAUGAUCGAUCUCGGAGCAUAUGCUAGCAUAUGUGCUAUAGAUCUUAUCGCUAUAGCUGGUUCAGGACUAAUCAUGUUCACCAUGGUCUCCGGGCUAGCCAUUUUGAUCACAUUCAUAUGUGUUGUGGCGAUCGCGAUUCUCCGCGACCGGAGCCGAUGAUCUUUUGGAUUUAGAGCCCAGCUGCACGGCAGGUGA